GCGGAAAAUCUGCUCAGUCAGCUGCAGGAGAAUUUUCAAGCUCUGACGGAAAAGAUAACUCUGAGAAUGGAAGAAAUGGGCGAGCGCAUUGAUGACCUUGAGAAGCACGUUGCUGACCUGAUGAUAGAAGCUGGGAUAGAAAACACCGAUGAAGAGCCUAGAGUAAAGAAACUUGAUUAA